UUGCCAUGUCAACCAUAAACUAAACAGGGAACCCUAACUGGUACUAGCUUUGGAAGCUAAUAGCUUAAAAGCUGCUUUUUAUGUUGCAAAAUUAAGCUCAUAUCGACUCAUAAACAAGCUUCGUAGCAAUAAUGGAAGCUGAAUCUCAAGCGUCCGCGAUCAUUCCUCUUGCCUUGCCCAAAGGAGCGGAAAAGUUCUGCGAGCUUUGCCAAAGAGAAGCCCGCCUGCAAUGUAGCAAGUGUCGAGUCACUUUUUACUGUGCUGCAGAGCACCAGCAGGCUGACUGGGUGGGGAUCCACGAGAGAAUUUGUCAGCUGCUUGUUCCCAUCCGCGCCCUGACACUCUGCAGUCUCCGACAGACCAGUCACACUGAAACACAAAUUAAAAAGGCAGAGCUUAUUGAGAUUUGCAGGUUGGUGGCUCAAAGUAAGCUAUCUGAGGGAAAACACCAAGAGGCUCUGCCUGCCGCUCAGCUCUGCCUGCGCUGUUCCAUAGACGUUCAUGGCCCUAACACCGUCCAGCUGGUCCCUGCCUACCUGCUGCUGGCUGAAGCCAACAUGGGUUUGGGUAAUCUAGACCUUGUGGCAGAUUUCCUGUCCCAGGCAGAGUGGGCAGUGUUGAAGAGUCCAAAAUGUGGUCUCACAAUCCACCACCAGCUCCACAGGAGCCUGGGCCGCCUCCAUGUGGCGGCUGGAGACCUGGAUACUGCGUUGCAUAACUUUGCAAAUGAUAUCUACUUUGCCACUGAGGAGUAUGGUCUGGAUAGCACAGUCACCUCUCGGGGCUACUUUCUCAUGGCUGAUGUGUUUACCAAGCAGGGGAAGAUAUCCACUGUUCAUUCCUUGUACUCUGAGGUGGCACGUAUUUGGCACCGUCACCUGACCAGACUUCUCGAGACUCGCAAAGAAAGCAUCCAAAAUCCACCGGUGGACUCCUUUUAUGACAAAGCCGAGCGAGUUGAAGUGGAUGAGAUGUUGAGAACUAUGUUGGAAUUUGAGCAGAAAGACACCAGAAAAGACCCAGCACGGAUUGCAGUGGUGGCCCACUGCCUGGCCAUGUUGUCGUUCCUAGGAGGAGACUUCCUCAAGGCGCAGGGAUUUGGCAGCACAGCCUUGCAGGCCAGCCAGCUGAUACCAGACCAUGACCUGACAGAGCCCAUCCAGGCCCUGCUGCAACUGGUGAAGAUACUCCACACAGUCCCACAUCCUGGCUCUGCGGAGUCACAGUACUAAGCCCUGCCCAUCGCUCUGCUUGGAGAUCUGCUCUUUAAGGAUAUUUGUGCAGCCCCACAAUGAUGAAAAUAUACAAUCAAAUGCAAGAUUUUCCACAUGCUGUACAGUAUUAUUGAGAGUGGAUUAAAAAAUAGAUGCACAGAUGUAGUUAAAAGAAAAAAAAGACACAUUUUCAGUUGUUCUGGAUAAUGACUCGUCUUUAUUUUGAUCUAAAAAAAAAAAAAAGAGGGAUAUAUAUACAUCAUUUUGAACAUUAGUGAAUUGCAUCGUUUUGGGAUCCAUUUCUUAACACUGUCAAAAUGUUAUGGAACACAAAAAUGGUCAAGGGCAUUUGCUCAAGCCUUUGUGAUGCAAUGUUUUUGCUUGUUUUGUACCUAGCAACCCGGAGUCUCUACACCAAUUCACCAAAUCCAGACAUAAUUAAAGAUUUCCAGUGUCUGCGUUUUGUCAAGAGAGCUGCACUUUUAGAGGCAAAAACAUUGCAUCGUCCUCCUGCAGUGGAAAGAGUGUUGUAAACCUGUUAGCAAACCCAAGAUUCAUGUCAGAACAGACAUUUAAUUGCUGAGAUCUUACACAAUAUGUACAAUUCUGAAACAAUCAUUCAUAUAAAAAAAUCCGUUUUAAAAUCAUCUCACUACUUGUGUUAUUUGCACUGAAUUUAUACAAUAAAACAUUUGUUGUUGGUCAAUUUUUUUGGCAUUCAGUUUCAAACACGGAAACGCUCAGAUUUUCCCAUAUUCCCUUUUUCAAUUUCUGAAUACAUUAGCAGCAGUUCGGAAUUAAAUAUUAAGUUUGUGCACUGUUGUUAUAUACAGUGACUCAUCCACAGGUCCCUACAUGUUUGUUCCAAACUGGCCAACUUUCAUGCAGGCCAAUCAGUUUCCUUCCCUGUUUUGCUAGCAUGUGGUACCCCUGUUCCUUUCAGUAGCUUCCAUGCCGUUUAUUUACUUUAUAACAGUAAUCUAUACAGACCAAGCAUAAAGAAAUCAGUCAGAAUUGGGACCUUGACCUCAAAUGAUCCUUAAAACAGUGUUCCCAAAGAAAACCAGAUGAUGAACUGGCAUUCUUAAAGUCAAUGGAGCACAGUUAAGUGAACCUUCAUUGGCUAGAUGGAUCAUGUAUAAAAUACAAAUUCAAGCAGGGGCCAGAAGAGAGAAAUUAACAUUCCACUCUUUCCUAUGGCUAGCUAAUCAUGUCUUUUAAAGAUAUGUGAUCUUUAUAUUUACACCUAUGAACACGAUGUGGAAUGACGCAGGUUUCGAUACAAGGACAAAUACUUCAAAGAAUGGGGGACGACAACUGGAGAUAGUUCACCAGACAGGCAUUUAUGUCAGUAUGUGAUUUGAUGAGCACACCCACCAGCCCUCCCGCAUCAGGAGGGUGGACAUCAGCGGAUUUCACAGUUUGUCAGAUACUUUGAUCAUAUGGAUACUGGACAAACAUCACAGUAGAGUAAAUGAUGUUGUUUUCCUCAGUGGAGACACUGUGAUCAUUUGACAGCAGACUUAAAAGCUUCCUUUUCUGGUUGUCUGGCAGAUUUAGAUUUGGCACCCUCCAGCAGGGGCCUGCCGUUAAGAGUCCAGACAGUUAGUAAAUUGGGCCCACAACACAAGGAGAAAAAAAAAAAUCAAGCUUCACAGCGGUUUCACUUUAUUGACACAAUAUUAGUGCACACAAACCACUUUUUUUUCUUUAAAAAUACCAUAAAUUAGGAAGUAAACGAGGAACAAUAUAAAACAAGCAAGGAAAAAAAAAGUGCAUGUUAACCAUGGUAUAUACCAUAAAGUCUUACACUGUAGUUUACAACCUUUUUUUUCAUUGUUGUUUAUGUAUAUUUUGUCUGCUUGUAGGUAUGUGUUAUGUUUUAGACAUGUCUCUAGCUUGGAUGGAUGUGUCAUGCCUUUUUGGGGGUCAGGGCUGAGAUCCAGGCUGCUUCCCUGAGUUGUGUUCGGCACAAAGCGUUAUACAAGCCUAACAACAUGACCGUCACCAAGUGAAACAAUUUUGGGGUUCAUUUUUGUGCUUUUGAUCAUACCUGUAAAUUAAAUCUUAGUGAAUGGUUCCACAACACAGCCUACAGCUAUGUUAUUCAUUUAAGGAGGCAUACAGGAGGUAAAUUCAAAGGAACAAAAAAAAAAAGUAAACACAAAGGUCUUAGCUGCUCUAAUCCCUGGAUUUCCU